AUGCUUGCAUUUUUUUUACUCUGCUGCUGCGCUGCCGCAAAUUGGAUACGCGGCGUCGAGCCAGAUAGACAAUCACUUUACCAGCCUGACGAUGACGGUCUUUGGGCAUGUCUGGGCAAUCCAGAGAUCAAGAUCUCCUUCGACAGAAUUAAUGACGAUUACUGUGACUGUCCAGAUGGCUCCGACGAGCCAGGGACCUCUGCCUGCAGCCUAGGCCAGUUCUACUGCGCCAACGAAGGGUUCAAGCCAAAUUACCUACCUUCUUACAGAGUGAAUGAUGGAACCUGCGACUACGAUCUCUGUUGCGAUGGUUCAGACGAGCCUGAUGGAAAAUGUCCUUCAAGAUGCGCACAAAUGAAGAAAGCGUGGGACGAAGAAACAGCGGCACGGAACGCGGCGAUUGCUAAGGGAUUAGCCAAGAAGGCUAAAAUUCAGCAUAAAGCACACAAGCAGCAGACCAAGUUGAGGUACGAAAUCACACAGCUGUCUUCUGAGAUCGAGAAACUCGAGCAGGAACUUUAUGGUCUCAACCAACUUCAGGCUCCUACAGAAAAGGAAAGCGCCAUUAUUUCAGUGUUUGAGCAGCUGGACUCAAGUCUGGAGAGGCUAUCUUUGCAGAUCUCCGAAAAACUCCAGCAACUCAACAGCAAACGACACAAUCUCAGAAACUUGGAAGAGAUUCUGGAAACUAUGAGCAACGAGUACAACCACAACUUCAAUGACCCUGCCGUGAAAGCUGCAGCUCAAGCAUUCCAGGAGUAUUCUGUCAAUCAAGGUUUGACCAAGGACGAAAAGGGUACUGAUCAGGCCAGUGAGGUGGAAACUCUAUUUGCAAAUUUGCAGAGCCAGCUGAAAGACUCAGAAGCAGAGAUCCGGAAGCUGGCCGGCCGUGAAGAUGAGGACGAAAACGAGCUCUUUGACUUCAAGUCCACUUUCAAGGCCAUGGUGAAUUCAUUCUUGGGCGUGUCAAAGAGACACCAAAAGAUCCCGUCAACGAGAGAGUCAGAAAAGCGGAAGAAGGAAAUCGAGGAAGAGCUGAAACGGCUAAGAAGGGAUCAGCAGACUAAGGAGGAGCGGCUGAACAAAGAUUAUGGGCCACACCAGAUUCUUAUGGCUAUGGACGAUUGUAUCGUGGACAAAAUCGGCGAUUAUGAUUAUAGACUGUGCUUUGUGGAAAAAGUGGAGCAAAUCGACCGCAAUGGCCAUGCGGUGAGAAUCGGCCGUUUUGAACGAACCGAGUUUGACGAAGAAAAGCAGCAGCUCAAGCUGAUCUACGAACAUGGAGACAAAUGCUGGAACGGUCCAGUGAGAAAGGCCACUGUUCUGCUGGAAUGCUGCGAAAAGGACACCAUCGUUGCCGUUACCGAGCCGGAGAAGUGCGAGUACACGUUGAGGGUCAAGUCACCAAUUGGCUGUUUUGAGCCCGAUGAAGUUUGA